GAGCUCAAUUAGCUGGCCACUCGUUAUUAUUCUUUUUUCUUUUUCUCUUAAAUAAUUAAUUUUACCAUUUUUUUCCCCAACGGGUUCUCUGAAACUAGAAAACUCGAACAGAGAAUCCGGAUGCUUUUCUGAGAUUCCACUCUUUCCUAAUAUACUCGUUUCCCAAACCGAUUUUCUCGGGAAAACAAAAAUUCAAUACCUUCUAACUUUCGAUUUUCUUCCGGACAGAAGAGAUCUGAAGUCAAUUCAGAUUCUUCAAAAUUAGUGUUUUUUUUUCUUUUCAUCUAUUGAAGCUCCAUCUAUUGAAGAGAGAGUUUUUUUGGGAUUUGUUGUUGAUCAGAAAGGUCCCUGCUUUGAUCUUUGUAGUACACGUGGCGAAAUGGGUUUGGAGUCUUGUUGAUGAUGUCCAAAUCCCAGGUUUCGUGUAACAUUCUUCUUCUGUCUCCAUUAUCGUGUUUCUGAUACUAAUCUCUCAAUCAGAGAGAUCUUCAGAUCCGUUGUUGUUCUUUUUUCUCGGUCCAAACAAAAUUGAGUGGAAGAGACGAAAAGUCUAAUUAAAAGAAAGAAAAAAAUGAUGAAGAUGAUGAGGAACAAACCGACAAAUCUUCCAACGGCGGCGAUUAACGGCGGAAGAGGUUCCAGCGGCGGCGGUGGCGGCAGGGAGUCAGGCGGUCAUGAUUGGGAAAUGAGACCAGGAGGAAUGUUGGUUCAGAAACGAAACCCGGAUUCGGAUCCUGUCGGAGCUCCACCUCCACCGAUGAUCAGAGUCAGAAUCAAGUACGGUUCGGUCUACCAUGAGAUCACUAUUAGUCCUCAAGCUUCUUUUGGGGAGCUAAAGAAGAUGUUGAGUGGACCAACGGGUAUUCACCAUCAAGAUCAGAAGCUAAUGUACAAAGACAAAGAGAGAGACUCAAAGGCGUUUCUUGAUAUUUCGGGAGUGAAAGAUAAAUCCAAGAUGGUGCUUAUAGAAGACCCGAUUAGCCAAGAGAAACGUUUCUUGGAGAUGAGGAAGAUUGCCAAAACUGAAAAGGCAUCUAAAGCGAUCUCCGAUAUUAGCCUCGAAGUUGAUAGGCUCGGUGGACGUGUUUCAGCGUUUGAAAUGGUUAUCAAGAAAGGAGGGAAAGUUGCGGAGAAAGAUCUUGUAACAGUGAUUGAAUUGUUGAUGAAUGAGUUGAUAAAGUUAGAUGGGAUUGUAGCGGAAGGAGAUGUGAAGUUACAAAGAAAGAUGCAGGUGAAGAGAGUGCAGAAUUAUGUAGAAACACUGGAUGUCUUGAAGGUGAAAAACUCAAUGGCUAAUGGGCAACAAAAACAGUCAUCAAGUGGUCAGAGACUUGCAACGAUUCAAGAACAUAGCAAUGGACAGAGGCAAGAACAGAGACCGGUACAGUCCCUCAUGGACAUGCCGAUAAACUACAAACAGAAGAAGCAAGAGAUUGAAGAGGAGCCGCGAGAUUCAGUGUCAGGACCAUUAGUGUUGGAUUCUUCUACUAAAUGGGAAACAUUCGAUCAUCAUCCUGUGACACCAUUGAGCUCGAGUACCGCGAAUAAUCAGGCUAUCCUGGCCCGGUUCAAUUGGGAAUUCUUUGAUUGAAGAAAACUCAUGUUUUCUUAAGACCCUUUUUUUCUUCUCUCUCUUGUAUGCUUAAUUCUUGUGUGGAGGUGUUUUUUUUCAGGCUUCUUCUUCUUGUCUUCUUUAUCAUCAUGAUUCUUUUGAUGUACUUAGAUUUUUGUGGGCGGUGUUGAAAUAAACAGAGACGCUACAGAGAAGUGAUUAUGAAAAAAUUGGUGAUUCUUGUGUGUUUA